UUACGAAUUAUGCCUAACAAUCAUCAUUCAAUUUUCUAUUCGUCAUUACUAUAACCUUUUUUUGAUUAAGUAAGUUCAAGAUAAUAUCUGCAUUAUCCAUCUUGAACCUGACAAUUCCAUCUUCGCAGGCAGAGUACUGUAGGAUUGAUUGUUACACGUGGUUACACGUCGAUACAAAUUUACAGCAUCGUGUCACUGAUUACUCCCGCUGGAUUCUUCAACAGUCUGGGUGCAAAUCGUACUUACAGAUAAACGUAUAUACAUGCUUAAAAUGUGUCCUAGGAUAAUAUGAUAGGGUUAGAAUUCAAAGAACUUAUCGCCGUGACAGCUUCAGUGUCGACGAUCCUACAAUUUUUAGCAGGCAUAUUAGUUUGCCGAAAAUACAUUCGCAAUGGAACAACUGGCGAGGCCUCUGGACUCGCGUUUGUGACAUGUUUUACAUCAUGCAGUUUGGCGCUUCGGUAUGGCAUGCUGAUCGGUGAUCACACAAUAAUUGUUGUGAAUAUCUUUGGAAUUUCGCUACAGUUGCUAUACGUCCUUGUAUUCAUGUCAUACAGUAUGAAGAAAUCAUUGACGUUGAAACAGCUAAGCGCAGCUGUUAUAUUUGUAACAUCCGUUUACCUCUACAGCCAGUAUGAAAUUGACGAAGCUCAGGCGAGACAGAUAGUUGGAUUCCUCAGCUCUGGCCUUGCGAUUGCAUUUUUUGCUUCACCAUUGUCUAUGCUUGCUCAUGUUAUGAGGGUUAAAAGUGCCGAAACUUUACCAUUCCCGAUAAUAUUGUCAUCUUUGAUAGUAUCUUUCCAGUGGCUACUGUACGGAUACUUAUUGAAUGAUGGUUUCAUUGUAAUACCAAAUUUUCUAGGCUGUGUUUUAUCGCUCUUCCAACUAUCAUUAUUUAUAUUGUACCCUGGGAGAUACCCAGACCAAAUACACCUUACACAAUUGUAAUAUUAAUAUACUCGAGUGGAUUAAAUUCUAUUUUUAUGUGUAUGAAUAAAUAUAAAGCCUUGGAGAUGUAAUCAUAUUUACUACACGUAAAGAGUCAAUA